UUCCCUUAUCCAUUCUCUCUACUGCGCCUGCGAGUGAGAGGGAGAAAGAGUUCUGGUGGAAGCCAUGGCAAUGGGACUGGCAGCGAAGAGUGAAGGUGGGGGGAAUUACAGCGGCAGGAUCACCUCACUUCUUGUGUUAUCUUGCCUGGUGGCGGCCACUGGAGGGGUCAUCUUCGGCUACGAUAUUGGAAUUUCAGGUGGAGUAACCUCCAUGGAGCCAUUCCUGGAAAAAUUCUUCCCGGAGGUGUAUGCCAAGAUGAAAGAGGACGCCAAGACAAGCAACUACUGCAAAUUUGACAGCCAAUUGUUGACCUCAUUCACAUCCUCCCUCUACGUGGCUGGCCUAAUUGCUUCGUUCUUCGCGUCGCCAGUCACCAAAGCCUUUGGCCGCAAGCCAUCAAUACUUGCUGGCGGAGCUGCUUUCCUUGCCGGUGCAGCCCUGGGUGGUGUAGCUUUGAAUGUAUACAUGCUGAUAUUUGGCCGCGUCUUGCUUGGCAUUGGGAUUGGCUUCGCAAACCAGUCAGCUCCAUUAUAUCUGUCAGAAAUGGCCCCACCAAAGCACAGGGGAGCAAUCAACAAUGGCUUCCAGUUGAGCGUUGGCAUUGGCGUUCUAUCAGCAAACCUCAUCAACUAUGCCACCGAAAAGAUCAAGGCCGGCUGGGGCUGGAGAAUCUCCCUCGCCAUGGCAGCUUUCCCGGCUUCAAUCCUAACUCUGGGAUCCCUCUUCCUCCCAGAAACACCCAACAGCCUAAUUCAGAACAGCAGUGAUCACCAAAAGGCAAAUCUGAUGCUGCAGCGAAUCAGAGGCACCGCAGAAGUCCAAGCUGAAUUAGAUGAUCUCAUAAAAGCAAGCGAGAUAUCUAAAACCAUCAAGCACCCAUUCAAGAAAAUCAUAGAGAGGCAAUACCGACCUCAGCUAGUCAUGGCAAUGGCGAUACCAUUCUUUCAGCAAGUCACAGGAAUCAACGUCAUCUCCUUCUAUGCUCCAGUCCUUUUUCGGACAAUAGGCCUGAGUGAAAGUGCAUCGCUCCUAUCAGCAGCGAUUGUAACCGGGGUUGUGGGCACCAGCUCAACCUUCAUAUCUAUGCUGAUAGUAGAUAAACUUGGCAGAAGAGUUCUGCUUAUUCUUGGGGGAAUUCAAAUGCUGGUAUCACAGAUAGUUGUCGGAAGCAUGAUGGCGGCUGAGCUAGGUGAACACGGUGGGAUAAGCAAAGACUCUGCUUUUGUGGUACUAAUCUUCAUCUGCAUCUAUGUUGCUGGAUUUGGGUGGUCAUGGGGGCCGUUGGGAUGGCUAAUUCCCAGUGAGAUUUUCCCGUUGGAGAUUCGAUCGGCAGGGCAGAGUAUCAAUGUGGCCGUAAACUUUCUCUUCACUUUCAUUGUUGCUCAGACCUUUCUGGCCAUGCUCUGCCGCUUCAAAGCUGGGAUUUUCUUCUUCUUUGCGGGCUGGGCGGCCGCGAUGACCGGAUUUGUCUACUUGUUUCUGCCGGAGACUAAGAAUGUGCCGAUUGAACAGAUGGGUAGUGUGUGGAGGCAACACUGGUUUUGGAGGAGAUUUGUUGGGGAAGAGAUUGAAGACAAGUGAUAGUCUAAUGUUGUGUGUUGCUAAUGAAAUGAAAGAGUGAUUUUUAGUCUAA